AUGAUGAGUCGAUUUGUUUUGAGAGAAAGGGAGCUUGAAGUUGAUCUUGAAAGUGGUGGGACAACCAGCGAAGAAGAUAGAAUGAGUGAUCCCAUUUCAGCAAGUGGGCAAACCAAGACACUUUUAAAGAGGACAUAUACUGGACCUGUGGGUUUUCAUGGAUUGGCGAAUUCAUCAAACUUUGGUGAGGUUGCUGCUGAGGAUGUGGAGCUGUUGAUAGACAAGAGUUCAGAAGGAGAAGAGGGACAACAGAACAAAAACUUUGUGGAUAGGAAGGAUGUCGAAGAGAAACAUCUAAAGAAAAAUUUGAGAAAACCUCCCAAGCCACCAAGGCCCCCUAAUGGUCUAUCACUGGAUGCUGCUGACCAGAAGUUGAUGAAAGAAAUCACUGAGCUUGCCAUGAGAAAACGUGCCAGGAUUGAAAGACUUAAAGCACUAAAGAAGAUGAGAGCAGCACAGGCAUCAUCUUGGAGCAGCAGCUUGUCUGCCAUGGUUAUCACAAUCCUCUUCUGCCUCGUUAUUAUCUAUCAAGUGACAGAGUAUAAAGUUUUGCUUUCAGGAAUUAGCUCCAGAAACAGUGGAAGCGUGUCUUUAAAAGGGUCUCCUGAGCCAGCAGUUGCUACUAGCGAAGCUUUAAUUUCGGUUCAGUUUAAUAAGAACAGUGUUGCCUAUGAGAGUGAUGAAUCAGGCUCUGGGUCUUCUGAGUAUGUAUUCCUUGUGAUUUAUGUGCAGUUUGCCCUUUAA